AUGCGGAAGUGCUUGCGAACAUUUCUCAAUCCAAAGGAUUUUUACGCCGCCCAGCGGCCAGUGUUGCGUGUUUCCUUCUUAGUCGGUAUGACACCGUUUACGGUCGUGAAGGGACCGACGGAGCUGAUGAUGCUGCGCUGCACACCAUUUGGCUACAUCAAUUCCAGCGUGCACGUGAUCCUGUUCUGUAGUUGCUACGUGAAUGCACUACUUAACGGGGAAACCAUAACGCGAUUUUUCUUUCGCACCGACAUCAGCACGUUGGGCGAUGUGUUGCAGUUUACCAUCGGCAUCACAGCACUUUUCAUGACAUUCUUCUGCAGCAUUUUCCAACGGAACAAGCUGAUCAAGUCGUUCCACGCGUUGGCUAGCAUCGAUCGACGCUUCAAGGAAAUCGGCAUGGAAACAAACUACAAGAGCACGCUGCACUACAACCUGCUGGUGAUGUGCACCAAAGUGAUUAUCACUUCGCUGUAUUUGGUCGUGUGCCUAACCGUGUUUAUCUCCUCCAACACGUACCCCAGUGUAACCACGUGGAUGGCAUUUCUGCUACCCUAUUUCAUGAUGUCGAUGGUGAUCGUGCUAUUCCUGUGCUUUGUCAAUCAAACCAAGCAUCGAUUUCAUCUACUGAACAAGGUGUUGAAACACCUCAGACAGGCCGCGUUGGAAAAGAGAAUCUCACCCCAACGACGACCCAGCUACUGGCAUGCGAUCAAGAUACAGCGUCCACUAGGUAUCGCGUCCGUUUACUCCAACAAUGACAAAUCUAUGCCGGACGUUGUUUCCACCGUGGCCGAAAUACAGGACGCGUUAUGCGAAGCGUGUAGCUGCGCCGAAGACUACUUUACGAUCCAAAUGCUAACCAUCGUCACGAUCGUGUUUGUAAUCAUCGUGUUCAAUUCGUACUACGUGCUGGACGCGUUGCUCGGAUCCACCUCGCGCGACACACCCUUCUCCAAGGGUCAGUUUGCGAUGUUUUUCCUCUGCCAAGCCAUGGUGUACGGGUUCGGGGUGUUUAACAUCGUGUACGGGAGCAGCUCAUUAAUGCAAGAGAACGACAACAUUGGCUCUAACGUUCACAAGCUGCUUAACGCGUCUGCCGGAGCGGACAGUGAGCUGGCGGGAAAAUUGAUGCAACUAUCGCUACAAAUGGUACACCGCAAAGUACGCUUUUCCGCUUGCGGACUGUUUAGUCUGGAUUUUUCACUUAUUUUUACACUCGUCGGAGCAGCGACUACAUAUUUGGUCAUAUUGAUCCAGUACGAGUUAAGCAUGGACGAGAGUAAACACGAAACUAUAGCCAGGGCGUUUCUAGGAAAUGAAACAUGGUAA